AUGGCGGAUCGCUUCGGUAAGUAUGCGCUCAAGGGUCGGCCCACGGCACAGCACGUCGCGAACAACAAGACAGCGACGGGCGGCAAACGGCUGGUGAGAGGCUGUCGGGGAGGGAGGAUGUGUUUCGCGACGCGGAGGGCAGAGAGGAGAAGAGAACAAUAUGCGACGGAGCAAGGCAGAGCUGGAGGUUGGGAGAAAAGGCAGCGCAGAGAGCAGUACGAGGCCGAAGGAGCGACGACAUCCGGGCUCAGCCACUCACUGGCUGAGGACGCAGCUGCAACCAUGACAGGACUUUUGCACUCAUCUGGCGCCGCCGCCCUGAGUAAUUCGCUGCCUUCUUUCUGCCUGAAGAAGGCGUCGUCUGCGCUGUGGGCCCGUGGUGCAGCGCCCAUCCCCCGUUACCCUUUGUCGCUCUCGCAAUCCCGCUCCCGCGAUUAUCACGACUCGCCUCGCGAUCUCGAUGGCAAGGCUCCUCACAGACCUCCCGCUAAAAUUAAAUAUAGUAUCAAACACACAAGCGGAGUAGUUCCCCAGAGCCCGCUUCAAACUUCUGCGCUUUCUUUUUCUUCUUGUUUCCCAUUUGCUGUGGCUGGUCUACCCUCUUGCUACGCCGCAUGUCACCAAUCUCACCUCGUCCCUGCCGAGCCACCACACCUCUUCGGAUCCGCCUUGCGGCGAAUUUCGACCACUCGGCUUUUCGUCUUUCGUCGCAUUUAUCUCGUCGCUGUGCCGUCACAAUUUGCCAAAGGGUUGCAAAGCGUGCUAAAACAAUAUGACAUCAUUUAUCAGGAAGGGGUCGAAGUCCGGAUCCUCUAA